GUCAAGGUUGGGCUAGUCAUGCUGGGGCCCAUAUACAUAUCUCUGCCAGAACACAUCCAUGUAUACCGAGUCCAUGCGUGUCGCGCCAUCCUCUGAGUGGCCCUUUCUUGUGCGUGUCUUGGUCAUCUAACUUCAGACCGGCAAGAUGAACCCAAACCCGACAGCAAAAUCCGGCUCGCGCCACGAACUCGACGACACAUCGCUGAGCAAGUAUCUUGCCGAUUCGAAUACUAUUCCGGGAUUGAAGGCGCCUGUUGUGUCGACGAAAAUUGGUUAUGGGCAGAGUAAUCCGACCUACUUUCUCGAUGAUGCUGCAGGCACACGGUUCAUCCUACGCAAGAAACCGUCUGGGACAAUCAUCAGCCCCGUCGCUCACCAAGUGGAUCGCGAAUUCCGGGUUCUGAAAGCCUUGGGCUCGGUCAAAGGGUUUCCUGUACCGAAAGUCUAUACGCUUUGCAUGGACCCGAGUGUCAUUGGGACGCCGUUUUAUGUUAUGGAAUUCGUGAAGGGCAGGAUAAUAACAGAUCCCGACUUGGGAGAGCUUUCACCGUCGGAUCGAAGAAAGGCUUGGAUCUCUCUCGUGGAAACCCUCGCCUGGCUGCACAGCAUCGACCCGGACUCGAUCGGCCUGUCCAACUUUGGCAAAAAGCAGGGGUUCUAUCAACGGCACUGCAACACGUUCCAGCGCAUAGAGGCCCAGCAAUCCAAGGUCAAGGACAUCAACACGGGAAAGGAACUGGGCCGCGCACACGAACAUUACGACGAGAUGGUGGAUUUUGUCCGGACCCAUAUGACCAGCGACAGGUAUUCGAUCGUGCAUGGAGAUUACAAGUUCGACAACGUGGUCCUCCAUCCGACUGAACCGCGCGUCAUCGCCAUUCUCGACUGGGAACUCUCGACCAUCGGCCACCCGCUCAUGGACGCCGUGUACGUGAUCGGGCCGUUCUGGAACGAGAUCACCAAGGCCGGCCACCCGGUCUCCAAUUCUAAGACAUCCUCACCGACAGCCAACGCGUUCCAAUCCUCCCCCUACGCGCCGGCCAACCGCGCCCGGUCCGGCAUGCCCGAGCCCGCGGAGCUGCUCGACCGCUACGCGCGCAUCACGGGCUUCGACCCGCGCCGCGAGGGCACCCCGCCGGGCACGGACUUUGAGAUCGCCAAGAUCUUCCACUACGUGCGCGGCGGGACCAUCUCGCACGGCAUCCAGGCCCGCACCAUCAGCGGCCAGGCCAGCAGCGACUUCUCGCACGUCUACUUCGAGAACACCCGCAAGAGCCUCAACGCCGCGUACCAGAUGAUGCAGCGCCUGAAGGAGGGCGAUCGGCUGGGGAGCCAGGCCGGGAAAGCGAGGUUAUAGUAGAUGCUAGUGGUCUUUGCAAACAUCGACAAGUAUCUACCAAAUAUCUACAAGUAGACGCGGAAGAUUUAGGGGACAGGGGGAGAGGAAAGUGGCUGGCCUCGAGAGAUUGGCAGAUAGGGGGCGGGCUGAGGUAGAGAGGGCUCUGACAUUUGUGGUUCAGUUACUGAGGUCUGAGCCAACCCUGAGAUUAGUGAAAGGAAGAAAGUGAGUAGAACGAGGCUGUCUG